AUGGCUCUCAAAAGAAUCCAGAAGGAACUCCAAGAUCUGGGCCGUGAUCCACCCGCACAAUGCUCCGCAGGGCCCGUCGGUGACGAUUUGUUCCAUUGGCAAGCUACAAUCAUGGGACCACCAGAGUCUCCAUAUCAGGGAGGUGUCUUCUUCCUCACCAUCCAUUUCCCAACAGAUUAUCCAUUCAAACCACCAAAGGUCGCUUUCACAACUCGCAUCUAUCAUCCGAAUAUUAACUCAAACGGAAGCAUUUGUCUCGACAUUCUCCGUUCUCAGUGGUCGCCAGCUUUGACUAUCUCGAAAGUUCUUCUUUCGAUCUGCUCUCUGCUCUGUGACCCUAAUCCGGAUGAUCCGCUUGUGCCAGAGAUUGCUCGCAUCUACAAGACAGAUCGUGAAAGGUACAACCAGUUGGCCAGAGAGUGGACACAGAAGUACGCCAUGUGA